UCGUCGUGGUCGUCGAUCCGAUACGAAGCGAUUUUGUUGCACUCCGCUGCUGCCGCUUUGUUUCGAAAGGACGUCGAAUUGGGAAAUUGUCGAGUCCAGUGAUGAGUGUGGGAGUUUCAGUUCGAGGCGAUGCUCGUGAAAAUGGAGCGCGCGACGAGAGCUGAUCGUCGCCCGCGAUUUCUGCAGGAAUUUGGCUCCGGUGGAAAUGUGCUGCUGCAGAGGCGGCUCUGGCGUGGUUGGGUGAAAAUUCGCGGUUCCGACCUCGGAUUGUUGUAGCGGAUCGUUUCGGGUCGAGGAGGAGGAGGAGCAGGAGGAGCAGGCUUUGGUGAGAGGGGCCUUCGAACGCGAGCCGCGCUUGCGAGAAUUUUUUUUCGGCGGGUCUGUACUCGUCCGAACGCGGCUUCCUUACGGAGCCGAGUGAAGAGAGCCGCAGAGUAGGGCAGAGGAGCUCCUCUUUCUGCACGGAAGUAGAGGUCUUCUGUGGCUCCCGCGAAUUGCGAAUUUGUCGACGCGAUUUUCUGUCGCUCUGUAGCUCGUGCUGUGCUUCACUGUAAAGGGGCUCUGUAGCCUGGGAGUUCCAGAGUACAGGUGACUGCAGCGGUAGACCAGGAAACAUUUGCGCUAUUGGUGGAGGAUGUAAUUUGCCCAGCUAAUUUGCCGGUCGAAAAUUCCAAUCUCCCCGUAUUUGGCCAGAACAUGGAUCGGAGCUUGCUUUUCAAGGAUGUCGAUUCACAACCCGUAUAUUUGGACAAAGAUGGCCAGGUUUUUGAGAGUGCAUUAUAACUGAAAAGCUUCACUCACCGGUCAAGACCUGUGAGUGACAUCUAUCCAGCACCUCGAGUUCUCGAAGGGCAUGUUUCUGAUGGCAUGAGAGAUUCAUGAGCCUCUAGACUACCAUCUUAAACAAAGGUUUCUCAUUUCCACCGUUGUUAUGGCUAGUUGCCUUCCAUCUUCUAGCAUCUUGACAAUGCCGGUCUUCGUUGGAGCUUUUGUGGAGAAAACAGUUGCCCAUACUCUCUCUGCAAACUGCAUACUUGCAAAGAAAAUCUGAUUCAUAUAGGCGCAGGGUUUUCUUGCUUAAACUUAGACUAUCCCAGUACAACUUGCAAUCAUGUCGAAAAAUCCUCUUCUCAACAAACCGAAGGGUCCUAGUAUCCUCAAGUCGGUUGACGUUGUCCGAGGGGGUGCAAGUACGGCGAGCAUGAUGAACAAAGAGAUAAAGAUUGAAUCACAAUCUUGGACAAAGAAUAGUGCAAUAAAAGGUCUGAAAACUACCAGUACGUCCAAUUCUCUGUCUAUUAAAGGUCGUAACUUUGGUGGAGGUCCACUGAAAGGUAUUACGUCUGCUUCUUCUGCGCCUUUUGAAGGAGUACAGUUUCAAGAGCCUGAAGGAGCUGCCCCUUCGUCUUCAGACCCGAUCCCGACAAUGAAAGGAGGAGGAGAAAACGAUUUGAAUUUCACUAUGGACCCUGCACCAGCUCCGAAUCCACCACAAUUAGCGGCCCGGAAAUCAGUAUAUGCCACGGAUGACAGGACUGAGUUUCCUUUCGAGAGUAAGACUGGGCUCAUCCUGGCAAGGAAGCCAAGUGUACAUAUGGCGCUUGAGAAUUUGGGCAUCUCAUCCAUGCCACCUGCACCACCUUCACCUAUGCGGUCGAAAAGCAGAAUGGGUGCCAUGAUGAUGGAAGGUCUUAGAGAUGCAGGCGCAGGUCUAAGCCCACCUCGGGCUAUGGAUGGUGAUGCUGAUUUGCUGCAACUUUUCGGCGAUGAAGAGGAUCAAAGCGAGGAGGGUAAACCCGGGGAAAAGUUUUAUGUAGUGAAGGACAUGAAAGAAGUAGAUUACCUGGGUGAGAGUACACUGGGUGACAUGAGUGUCCGGCGGGAACUCUUCGAUCCGUGUGACAACGAGGGGGUGGCAGCAGGUCUCGGUGGACCGAUUGAGGAAAUUGCCAAGCAUGAAGCACGAGAAGCAGAAAGUUUACUUGAUAAGCUCAAAGUUCCUCCACGGUGGCCAGAAGGAAAAGCAUCAAGGGGUAUCUUCUGCAGCAGGACUUUGAGUCUUCGCUCAAUAACUACAAUCGGUUACGACAUGGAUUACACUCUUGUUCACUACAACGUGAAGGCGUGGGAAGGAAGAGCUUAUGAUUAUGGAAUUGCACAACUGAAGUCUAUGGGGUACCCCGUUGAUGGAUUAAAGUUCGACCCCGAUCUGGUAAUGCGAGGGCUCAUUAUGGAUAAGGAGAAAGGGAACUUGGUGAAGGCAGAUCGUUUCGGUUAUGUCAAGAGGGCCAUGCAUGGGACUAAAAUGAUUUCGAAUCGAGCCAUCAGUGAAAUGUACGGACGUGAGCUCGUGGAUCUUCGAAACGAACGAAGAUGGGAGUUUCUGAACACCCUGUUUUCAAUAUCAGAGGCGGGUUUGUAUAUGCAGAUGGUCGAAAGGUUGGAUGAGGGUGCCGUGCCUCCCGAAUGUGGACUCCUUGAUUAUGAAAGUCUUUUCGAGGUGGUCUCAAAAGCUCUGUUCAAAGCCCACGUGGAGGGACGCUUGAAGGACGAGAUCAUCAGCAAACCUGAGCACUUUGUAGAGCUCGACCCUGAGUUGCCGCUGGCACUCCUGGAUCAGAAAGAAGCUGGUAAGAAGCUGCUUCUAAUCACCAACUCGGACUAUCACUACACCAACAAGAUGAUGCAGUUUGCAUUCGACCAAUUCCUUCCAGACGGGAUGAGCUGGAGAGAACUAUUUGACAUGGUUAUUGUGUCUGCCAAGAAGCCGGACUUCUUCACUCUUUCGCACCCACUUUAUGAGGUUGUUACAGCAGAUGGUCUCAUGCGACCCGCAUUCAAGGCCAAACCUGGGGGUCUUUACUGUGGUGGAAGCGCGCUCAUGGUCGAGAUGGCCUUAGGAGUCCAUGGUGAUGAAACUCUCUAUGUCGGAGAUCAUAUAUACACAGAUGUUAGUCUAUCCAAGUUACAUCUGAGAUGGAGAACAGCAUUGAUCAUUCGUGAGCUUGAAAAGGAGGUGAAGGCUUUAGCUUAUGGACGUGAGCAUAGAGCCAAGCUGAUAGAACUGAUGAAUCAGAAAGAAAUCGUUGGUGACGUCUUCAAUCAGUUACGACUUGCUUUACAACGUCGAACUGUCGGUCGUGCGGCUCAGACACCCGCUGCAAAUAGUAUGGACGGGGAGGUUCUUGCUGAAUACAUGCAGAAACUACUAGUGCUUAUGGGAAGACUGGACCAGAAGAUAGCUCCCAUGCUGGAAGCCGACGGACAAUUUUUCAACCCGCGGUGGGGUUAUCUCUCACGGGCAGGAUUGUGGGACAAGAGUCAUCUGACCAGGCAAAUUGAGAAAUACGCGGAUAUAUACACCUCCAGAGUUUCCAACUUCUUAAGAUACACUCCUUUCAUGUAUUUUAGAUCACAAUCGCAGUUGCCACACGUCUUUUUGGAUGAACGAACUUGAAAUCCGCCAAGGCAGAUGGUCAACUUACCGAAAUCUUGAUCGAAAAUUUGAGUUUGGUGCUACUCAAAUUUGCAGAAUUAGAAGAUGCCGUAUAAGCCACUUGUCCUUGCCUGAAUACUGUCUUCAGAACAAUAUUAAAAAUACUUUGGCCCAUGACUGCGACACCCAUGAAGUUGAGAACGGUAUUGAGGAUAGCCUUGUCGAACCUGUUCCUGAGGACCACAGACAGCUCCACAAGAAGAAAUGAUCACUACGUUAUGUUCAUAGUGAGUCUUGUAAGAUAAGGACUCGCAGCAAUUAGCAGACCCUCAAUUCUAGCUAAGCAAUCCUGAUGUGGUAGUCAUCUAAUUUUGAUAGUAAUGCUGAUGCAGGCGCAGUCACAAAGAGCUGAUCCUGUCGUGUGCUCUUUGCGAAGCUUAGGAUUAGGAUAGCUUUAUGCUUUUUGUGAAGUUGAUUGAGGUGCUAGAAUUGAGGGUCAAAAUUCUAGCCCAUCCUUUUUGUGAAAUCGAUGGUGUCCAGUCUUGUGGAGACUGUGGUAUGUCUCAUUGUUAUAAAGUCUCCUGAGCUCACGUAAAUGUCGAUUCCAUUCACAGAUGUUUCAC